AUGCAGACAAACACACUCGCGCCAGAGUCACGUGUUAAUCAUGGGAAGCUAUAUGUCGUUGAACAUAAUGUCAAGGUGCAUGACCUAGGUAUGUUUGACGAAGAGCAUUUACCCCUAAUUAGUCAGAAUGCGGCCUUACGCGGUGAUUUGGGAUUUUAG